AUGCUGCGCCUGCUUGGCUUUGUAAACGAUGACGAUGACCCCGCGGACGUGUCGCAGACGCUCGUGUGCGCGUGCACUGCUGUCGGCGCGCUGCUGGUGCUUCUCUUGAUUAAUUUUGCCGCACUCGUGGUGGUGCUGGUGGUGAUGGUGCCUGCUGCACAACGUCAGCUGCCUCAGACAGCUCAGUCGCUGCUGGACUUCAACCACGAAAAUAAGAGCGGCACCGCUGACGGAGCCGCCCUCGCGUCUGGCCUCGACAUUCGCCGGCUACUAGCUGGAGGGGGUCUUGAAACCUUCUUGCGCGAGGCGCACCGCGCGGAGGAGCUGCGCCGGCGUGUCCAGGGCAACGCUACACUCUUGGCGGCACUGCGCAAGGCAAAUGAGGCCCGCAACAACGACGGUGGACGCGGUGUCGACCUGGUGCGCCUUGCGCAGACGCUCCCGGAGCUGGAGUAUCUGUCCUUCCUCCUCUAUCAAGUGAGCGCUCAUGUCCAGGCAGUGCAGGAGCGCGACCCAGUGAUGGGGCUGGUGGAGCUGAGCGAUUUUCUGCUCAACGCCAAAGGCCGAAGGGAGGCGCUGGAGAAGGCUGCUGAGCGCGCGCGCGCCGAGGCGGUGAAUGCGACGACAGCUGCAACAGUGGGGGGCGGUGCACGAGCAACCGGCGGGGGUUCCGUGGAGAAGUGGAACGCGGCGCUGAAGGAGUCCUUUGCGGGUCGAUCCGAGGCAGCCCGCCUGCGCGCGCAGCUGCGUGGCUUCAUCGGCGUUGCCUCCUCCGAGGCGGAGCGGCUGACGCAGCAGCCCUUUGACGACCUCGCGCUGCUGCAGUACCGACACGCAUGGAUGCAGUCGGAGGUCCUGCCGAUCAUGCGUUCCCGCUCACGUCGUGCUGGUGCUCAAGCUGUCAAGGAGGGUCCCCACGCAGCCGUACUUCGCAGCAAUACUGCCAGUCGUCCGCCAGAGAACACGUCUGUGCGUACCAGCGUAGAGGAGUUGAGGGUGUACGGUGUUGCGAACCGCAUGGCGAUGAAGGCGGUCUUGUACGAGGUCGCGUCGAUCUUCAACCACAUCUACUACUACCCCUUGCGUCGCUACGAAGCUCUCCGCCCCUACGGUGGCGACUCGGUUGCUGACACAGACGCGUGGUAUUCAGCCAUCACCGCUGCCGUGCAGACUCGCUUCGGUGUCCCGAUUGCCUGCAACAAGGCGCAGACCACUGAGGCUGCAGCGCUGCCGCUGGUUCUGCGUGACUCUCCCCUCUCCGUCCUGGCACUGUCGCGACUGGGAUUUCGGCGCGCCGAAGAGGUGGCGCACCUGUACUCUCAAGAAGAUCGCCAGCUGAUGCCGCAAGCGCUGAACCCCAAAGCGGCGGUGAACGUUCGCAGCAUCUUUGUGAGCUUCGCGAGCUACCGUGACGCGGAGUGCGCCUCGACGCUGCUGGACUUGUUCCGCGCAGCGCGCAACCCGCACCGCUUAUACGUCGGAAUCGCGCAGCAGAACCGCGCCGGUGACUCGCCGUGUCUCGUGCCAGAGAUGUACACCCCUUACCUGUGCCCGUCCGAGGGGCUGCAGGGCGCUGCCGCCGAUGGCGGCGUCGGCGCCGCGCGUGAAUCGCGGGCGCGUGCGCGGGCUUUGUACGGCGAAGGUGCGGACUUGACGAAACCCCCCAACGGCCCUGAGGCCCGUCACUUUGAUGAGCGGGUCUGCUUCCUGGCGGAGCAGGUGCGCGUGCGUGAGAUCGACUCAGGUCAGGCGAAGGGACCGACGUAUGGCCGCUACAUGGCGAUGCUGCUGUACCGUGGCGAGGGCCUGGCGCUGGUGCUCGACUCCCACAACCGCUUUAGACCUAUGUGGGACGCCCUCGGCGCUACGAUGCUGCUGCGCCUGGAGGAUGCGAAGGCGGUGCUGUCGCACUACCCAGAGAGCUACCCCGGCGAGAAGGCUGAUCUCCUGCCCUACCGCAGGACAACGGCAUACCUGUGCAGGGCGCAUUUCUUGAAGCCCUUCGGCUACAUUCGACUCAACGGCAUCGUGAUUGACUCGACAGCGGAGUUUGCGAAGAACAACGUCUUCAACGACCCGUACGUGCGCGUUAAGUCGCGCGAAAUUGAUCCGACCACCAACUACCGCCUGCCGCAGCCGUGGGUGGCGGGCGGCUUCUUGAUGGCGUUCGGCACGAUCUUCCGCGACGUCCCCUUCGAUCCACACCUGAGCUACAUCUUCGACGGGGAGGAGGUGCUGUACUCGAUGCGGCUGUGGACGCAUGGCUACAACCUCUACUCCCCGCCACGAGGCGUGUGUUUCCACAUCUAUGGUCGUCAGGAAGCGCCGAAAGUGUGGUCCGAGUCCGCUCUGUGGUACAACUUGCAGAAUCGGGUGCGCAGCAGGAUUCAGUUCUAUGUCCAGGCUCACCUCCUCCACGCGGAGAAGGUCCUGGUGCCGGCCAAUAGCACAAACCCCUUCGUUGUGAUGGACUCGAGCCGCUACGGGAUGGGUAAGCAGCGGACUGUAGCACAGUGGUACGACUACGCUGGUAUAGACCCCGUCAAGCACCAGGUGGAUGGGCGCUGGUGCGGUGAGGACGUGAUUCAUUAG